CACACAAUACGUGCUGGAUAGACUUCUGCCUCCUGCUUCUUGAGUGACAGGAAAGAGGCUUGAGCUUGCAUUUAGCCUGUGUUCUUCUGAUUCAUCAAAUUGGAUAGCGUUGUCAUUUCCCUGAAGGCAGAGUGGAAAUCCUGUUUAGAGCAUGAGACUUGGUUUCUUUUCCGGGUUUUCCAUGGGUGAGAUCAUUGUGGAAACAGAACAGAGGACGGGAUCCAGUCACCUGAUUCCAGUUCAGUGCUUCUGCCAUUGUUCUACAGGGCAUUCGUUGGAGGGAAGAUAUUUUUCCUCAGCUGAGUCAAUGGACCUCAUCUUAUAACCAGGACUGCCUGUCUCCAGAGGCCUUUCAAAUAGAGAAUGUGAUCUCUACCCAUCCUUGUCCUCACCGGGAGACAAAAGACACUACCAUUGCAGUUUGCUGACCCUUGUGUCCACUGAUCAUUCCAAGAACGAGCUGUCCAAGAUUGAACAAUGUCUCACCCAUCUUGGCUGCCACCAAAAAGCACUGCUGAGCCUCUUGGCCACGUGUCUGCACGGAUGGAGACCACCCAUUCCUUUGGGACCCCCAGCAUUUCAGUGUCCACACAGCAACCACCCAAGAAAUUUGCCCCAGUUGUUGCUCCAAAGCCCAAGUACAACCCAUACAAGCAACCUGGUGGUGAAGGUGAUUUUCUUCCACCCCCACCUCCACCUCUCGAUGAUUCCAGUGCUAUUCCAUCAGGCUCCGGAAACUUCCCUCCUCCCCCUCCCCUUGAUGAUGGUGCUUUCAGGGGACAGGGAAAUCCUGGAGGCAAGACCCUUGAGGAGAGACGCUCCAGCCUGGAUGCUGAGAUUGACUCUCUGACUAGCAUCUUGGCUGACCUGGAGUGCAGUUCCCCCUACAAGCCUCGGCCCCCGCAGGGUACUACUAGUUCAACAGCUUCUCCUCCGGUCUCCACCCCUGUCACAGGACAUAAAAGAAUGGUCAUACCAAACCAACCCCCUCUGACAGCAACUAAGAAGUCUACACUGAAGCCACAGCCUGCGCCCCAGGCUGGACCAAUCCCUGUGGCUCCAAUUGGAACACUAAAACCCCAACCUCAGCCUGUCCCAGCUUCUUACACUACAGCAUCCACCCCUUCACGACCUACCUUCAAUGUGCAGGUGAAGUCAGCCCAGCCCAGCUCUCACUACCUGGCUGCUCCUUCACCAGGACAAUUUUAUGGUUCAGGGCCAGGGGCCCAAGGUUAUAACACUCAACCAGUUCCUAUCUCCGGGCAAGGUCCCCCUCCUUCUACACGGGGAGGCAUGGAUUAUGCAUAUGUUCCACCACCAGGACUUCAGCCUGAACCUGGGUAUGGGUAUGCUCCCAACCAAGGACGCUAUUAUGAACCCUAUUGCCCAGUGGGGCCUGGCUAUGGGGGCAAAAAUGACUCUGAUCCUUCCUAUGGUCAACAAGGCCAUCCAAAUACCUGGAAGCGGGACCAAGGGUAUACUCCUUCUGGCCCUGGGACCCAGAACCCUGCUGGGAUGUAUCCAGUUGCUGGUCCCAAGAAGACCUACAUCACAGAUCCUGUUCCAGCCCCGUGUGCACCACCACUGCAACCAAAGGGUGGACAAACAGGGUCCAUGGGACCUCCAGCGGCACCCUCCUCAUUCCGCCCUGAAGAUGAGCUCGAGCACCUGACCAAGAAGAUGCUGUAUGACAUGGAAAAUCCACCCGCCGAUGAAUACUUUGGUGAGUGAGGUCUAGGAUUGACUUCUGAAGUAAAGGUUCUGUUCUGUUUUCCUUAAUCAGUAUUUAGGAAUAGUAUCAACUCCACUGAUAGAGGCUUUGAUCUUGAUGCAUUGGAGUUGGUACACAUGUGCACACACCUG